GUCAGCGCUAGCUUGUUGCUCGAUGCAGCAGCAGGAGCAGCCUGCAUGGUGAUCGUCACAGAGAAAGACAGUAGAAAAGAGAGGGGCUAAAACGAGAGAGGAGGACUCACCGCUCCCGGCCUCCGCUCAUGCAUGCGGACAGCGGCCUCGGACCGGACGGACGGACAGCAGGACCGCGAAUCACCGGAAACAUGGCGGCAACAACAAGCUGCUCGGAGCCUUAGCGUCCACAAAUCAGAGGCAGGAGGCGAGCGGAGGAGCAUCACCUAUGCAGAAGCAAUGAGGUGAGCGCUGAAAGCAGCAUCCUGUUUCAAACCAUCAAUACGAUCAACGCACUAAGACGAGCCAUGGCCUACAAGAUACCCGCGGCAGCGAUGGACAGAGUCAGCCUGCUGUGGCGUCUGAGGCGGCGGGCUCGCCGCGGCGUGCUCUGCAUGACCUUCUUCUGCAUCUCCAUGGCUCUGCUCUACGCCAUCUGUGCUGAAAACAGCGUGCCCGUCACCGACGCCAUCUUUGGCGUCCGGGCACGAACCCGCGCGCAGCCUCAUGCACACAAUGUCAUCAAGGUGCUGCGAGGUGGAGCCAAGCCCAUGUACACGGACCCUCAGAAGCUCCCGGGCGUCAUCCCAGGCGACCCUCGCCGUCCGAUCCCCAUCCUGUCCUCGUCCAACCACAGCCACGAAGCCAGGGAUUCGUCGUCGAAGCGGAAACAGCGGGAGCCCCCGGGGUUUUUCAGCCGGCUGCUGCCGCGCCCCUUCACGCGAGCGCUGGAGACCCUGUUCGGGGGCCGGCGGAAGGGCGAGCUGAGCGGCAGAGGCAGCGACGCCGAGUUCUUCGGGCCUAACGGGCUUUUGGGAGAGGUGUGGGACGACGAGAUGUCCAGCAGCAUGCUGGGGACCAGGAUGAAGAAGGUGGUGCAGAACUACCAGGCGAUGAACAAAUACGGAGUCGAGCUGUCGGGCCCCGGCGGCGUCUCUGGCACGCCGAAGCUGAGCGGUCCCGAGCUUCUCUGCCAACUGAAGGACAAAGUAGAGGUCGCGACUUUGACCCCUGACCUCCAGCCCUUCUCCUUGCUGCCCUGGGCCACCCAGCUGCCUCCGCAGCAGCUGACCUCGGACCUCGGACCCUACAAGAGCUGUGCUGUGGUGUCAUCGGCGGGUUCACUGCGCUACUCUGGGCUGGGCAAAGAGAUCGACUCACAUGAAGCUGUGCUGCGCUUCAACGCUGCGCCCACCACCGGGUACGAGAAGGACGUCGGGUCCAAAACCACCAUCCGCCUCAUCAACUCACAGGUGAUGGCGUCUGAUGACCACCGCUUCCUGUCCAGUUCUCUGUACAGCUCAGGUGUUCUGGUGGCCUGGGACCCCGCCCCCUUCUCUGCAGAUCUCACAAAGUGGUUCAACAGGACUGAUUACCCCAUCUUCGCCCAGUACCAGAGGUACAGGAGGCUCCACCCUCUGCAGCCCUUCUACAUCCUGCAUCCUCGCUUUGAGUGGCAGAUCUGGCAGCGAAUACAGGACAACAUGGCCGAGCCCAUCCAGAAGAACCCGCCCUCCUCCGGCAUGCUCGGCACCGUCCUGAUGAUGUCGCUGUGCGAGGUGGUGCACGUGUACGAGUUCCUGCCGUCCCGGAGGAAGACGGAGCUCUGCCAUUACUACCAGCGUUUCUACGACGCCGCCUGCACGCUGGGCGCCUACCACCCGCUGCUGUACGAGAAGAACCUGGUUAAGCGCAUGAACCAGGGCUCCGACCGCGACAUCUACACCAACGGACGCGUCACGCUGCCCGGCUUCAGGAAGCUGAACUGCAGCCAGACUGCUGGAGGAGACCGCUGACUGCAUCAACGCACAAAUCUGAGUCCUGCAUGAAGAUGAGCCGACGCAUGCAAACCUCAUCCUCACUACCGAACCACAAAGAGCGCUCUAUAAAUAUUUCAUGCUGUUAACACACACACUGGAGUCCGACCAGCUCAUACAUGUGCUGCUGUACACACAUCCCUGUGAGGUCAUUGACGUGUGAUCACUGGAUGCUUCUUAGUUGCCCAAAUUUUGAUGCUCAUGUUGACCUUAGAGGAUAAUUCUGGUGGUUUUCAAGGAAUCUCAGUGAUUGCCUUUAACUCAGGGGUGGGGAACUCCAGGCCU